AUGACUUCACCUCUCAACCACACGCAUGAUCUUUUUAUCCCAUCAGUCAACCCUUUCUUUAUGCUGGUCUACAGUCUGCUGUUUCCGGUGGGUUUACUCCUCAAUGGCUUCAUCCUAAAGUUUUACUUUCACCAAGUUCGGCAGCAGGCCUCAAACAGCUUGAUGGUCUACCUGAAGCACCUGACAGCUGCUGACUUCCUGCUCUGCCUCUCUCUGCCAUUGCGGAUAAUCCACUAUGCCAGCAGCUCUGGCAUUGUUUACAUACUCCACUGCAGCAUUGGAGCUACUUCCCUGUACCUCAACAUGUACGCCAGCAUCCUGUUCAUGGGGUACAUCGCUGUUAACAGAUAUCUGAAGAUCGUCCAUCCUUCAGGAACUCACAUCCUGCAGACAGUACGAACUGCCCACGUCGUCUCCACGGUCACCUGGGUUUUUCUUCUGGCUCAAACAAUCGCCUACAACAUUAUGUUCUUCAUCACUCACAAUCCUCUGGCCUCUGACCGCUGCUACUGUGGGCCCCUCUUCAGUACGUCAUUCAGCGUCCUUCAUAAAACAUUUCAAAUCAGCUGCACCAUCAUCUUCCUCUUGGUCUUCAUAUCCCUGGUCUUCUUCUACUACAGCACCUCCCGCAAGGUGUUGCAGGCACAGCAGAGGCAGCUGGCCUCCUCUAGCUCUGAGAAGCUGGUGAAAUCUUGCAGAAACAUGUUGGUGCUGGUCAGCAUCUUCUGUGUUUGUUUUGUGCCCUAUCACCUGGUUCGUGUUCCCUAUAGUUUUUUCUGGAAUAACUCUGUGGGUGGGGUGUUAUACUACCUGAAGGAGGCUGCCACCAUGGUGUCAGUUUUUAAUGUCUGUCUGGACCCUCUUGUUUACUUUUUCAUCUGUAAGACUUUUCGGGAGCAGGUGAAAAAGAUGUCCAGGAGAGUCAACGAUCCAACAAAGAGAAGGGGAGAGAGCAUCAAGAGCAACAAGGCAAACCAGUGA